AUGUUGGACAAAAGUACACGCCAGACGUCCAGCUACAACCCAGAGCUCAAAAUCUGGUCAGGAGCCAGUGAACCUAGUUCCUACAGCAAUGAUCUAACAAUUGCCGCGAAUCAUUUUCUGUUGAAAGCCGCGAAUCAUUUUCUGUCGGUGGGUCUAAUCCACCGUAAUAUUCGCAUGCGUAUUGUAAGCGAAAGUGGUCAAGCUUUAGGACCGAACGAACGGGGAGAAAUCCACUGUCAUCUUGGACAACAUUGGGGAGGAUACUUCGGAAAUGCACUAGCCAGGUCGGAGGUACAGGACUCGGAUGGAUGGAUUCGAACGGGAGAUUUGGGUUACUUUGAUGAUGAUAACUACCUUUAUAUUGUGGGUCGAAAAAGCGAUUUCCUUAGAUUUGCGAUGGAAAUGUAUUAUCCACGUGAGAUCGAGGAAGUCAUAGCUCAAAUGCCGGAAGUCUCUGAAGUUUGUGUCUUUGGCAUUUGGAAUGAGAUCGACGGUGAUGCAGCAGCCGCUUCAGUUGCAGCUAAAGCAGGUUGUCAAUUAACAGCCAAUCAAGUGUUGGACUUUGUUGCGGAAAACAUCAGUGAAGACUAUAAGCAGCUGCAUGCAGGAGUUCAGAUCGUCCCGAAUUUGGCUAAGAAUCUUAACGGCAAGGUAAAUCGGCAGGCCGUAAAAGAGGAAUUUCUCAAGGCAACAGGACAAAUUUGA